AUGUCGGCAGCAGGUCCUAACUCGAAACCUCUAAAGUCUGCCUUCGCCAACAAACGAAAACAGGGAUCCUCGGGCGACAAUGGCGGGAACAACGGUGCAGGCGGCGGCAGCGGCGGUGGAGGAUGGGCGCAAAAGCGCGUCAAGAUCCGCAACGACCGCGAAAUCGCAGCGCAGUCCUCGGACGCGGCCCUCCGCGACGGCGAGCUCGACCUCCAGUCCUUUUUGAACGCGCGCGAGUUCGAGAUCCGGGCGCUCGAGGAGAGCAUGCGACACACCAAAGUCGAGGCCACGAGCCGGGCGUUCCAACAGGUGCCCCGCGGGCUGAGGCGGCGGACGGCGAGCCAUAAUGCAAAAAGGGUGCCCAAGAGGCUGCGCAGGCGGGCGCUGAAGGAGAUGGCGGAGGAUAAUACCCCCGUGGUGCUCUCGAAGCGGAGGAAGCCCAAGACGGCGAGGGCGCGGAUCAGGGCGGAGACGGCCAAGAGGUUGGGGAUGCUUGCGGAGAAGAAGAGGAGGCGGGCGAUGAAGGCCGCGAAAGCUAGAGCAAAGGAAGGCGAGGAGGAGGAUACGACGAAGACGACGGGCAAGGCGGGCGACGGACCUAGCAAAGGCGCAGUCACAGUCACGACGAGGCCGCCGCGGCCCAAGAUCCGCCGGAACCAGCUCAACGACCCGCCGCAGCGCAAGUCCAAAUUCAGAAAACGGCAAAUCAACAAGACGUGGCUGCCGACGCACCUCUGGCACGCUAAGCGGGCGCGCAUGACGGAGCCCGUGAAUCCGCUCUGGCGGUUCGCGAUACCCCUGACGCCCAACGAGAAGACGUACCGGGCGACGCACCGGUCACACGGCGACAGGGGCGCCGUCGUCUGGGACACGAGCUACAUGAGCACGAUUGGGCUCUACGGGUCGGCCAAGGGCGUGGAGCAGGUCCUGCGCCGGCUCGGCGUCGUGCAGGAGGGUUGUUGGAAUGAGAGGGGGAGGAAGUGGAGGGAGGGCACGCGGCACUGGAGCGGGUUGUUGAGCAGGGAGGUCAGGGGAGGAGGCGAGGGGAGGCGGGAGGUGUGCCCGGCGAUGAUUCUCUGGAAUCCUGAGCCGGUUAUUGAGGACGGAGACGGGGCGCAGACGGUCAAGGUCCAGCGACAGGUCUUUGUGAGGGUUCAUCCGUCCGCGUUCCUCGAGGUUUUCAACGAGCUUCUUCGGCUUGUGAAGAUGCAGAAUCCCAGGAUGUACAUGGAGGAUUUGCGCUUCGAGAUUGGCAGCAUCGAACUCACCGGCCCCGCAUCAACCGAGGCCCUCUUAGGCAUUCUGCACCCAUACCACACCGCAGAAGGAUCCAGAGAACAGCACGCAGGCAUCUUCAACGGCCUGACCAGCCUCAUGAGUCCCGCGUCGCUUCCCCUCAACGCCACGUUGGGUUUCUCCAUCAUGGACCCUCGCCUUCGAUACCCGCCAAGAAAAGUCGCGCGUCCCGACCCCAACGAUGAGGAAGAGCAAGACAACUCUCUCGACCUACUCGCAAACUGGCCGGCAGAAACAAAACUGAAGCCCCACGCCCUCUUCCACAGAGACGCGCGGGCUUCAGCCACGAGACUCCCCUCGCAAAAGUCAAUCGACAGACGCAAAGGGGCAAGACGUCCCGGCACAGACCUAAGCGUCUCGGACGCCGACCCACCGAUUCCCGUGAUACUAGUAGCAUCACGCGCGCCGGCGGCCGGAAACAAUAAGAACAACUCCCAAGGGAAUUGGACGCUCCUGGCGCCUUGGCGGUGCAUCCAGCCACUAUGGCACAGCCUGGUUCACUUCCCCCUCAGCUCGGGCGGUAACCCGCGCUUCUCCGGGCUGGAUCAGAUCCGCCAGGUCGCGUUCGAGCGGGGCGCGCCGUGUUUCCCGUUUGAUUUCCUCGGCACCGAUGCCGGUGCCGCGUGGGAGGUGGAGCAGCGGCGCCUGCGCAAGGCGAGCUGGGAGCGGCGGCCGAAGAGUAAGCGGGUCGCGUGGGAUUCGUUGGAUCUAGGUGCCGGACGGAAGGGGGAGGUUGGUUGUGGAUGGGCGUGCGAUGUGGAGUUCUUGUUCCGGGAGGAGACGGCGACGAGUAAGGGGCGAGAAGAGGAGGAGAGGGCUGCUGCUGCGCCGGAGGCGGAUGAAAUGGACGUUGACAAGCCUUCUCCAGCAAAGAAGAGGGAAGCCGCUGCUGGUGAUGAUGCGCCCGAGGGAGAGUUCCUCAAGACUUUGCAGCAUAUCCGCAAGGACGCCUUCAAGACACACACAUCUUCGCCAUCGUCAGCGACAACAUCUCCAUUACCGCCGAGAUCCGUCAUCAACGUCAAACUAUCCAUCCUCAACCGCGGCGUCGUCACCGCCUGCGCAAGAAUCUACCGCCUACCCGCGCGACCCGCGCCCACCGACCCAAACUCCUCCGCCGAAGUCCCCGCAACGGUACCUCCCCCGCCGUCGCCGCCGACGACAUCCGUCCAAGGCGGCAGCAGCAGCAGUCUACCCCCUAACCUCCGCGCCCAAUGGCUCGCCACCAUCCCCAUAUCCCCCGGCACGGCCAAGAAGAACGGAAAAACAAAACAUCAUCAACAGCAAGGCGACCUCCCUCUCGUAACUCAAAAGCAAAUCCUUGCCCAGAAACUCCUCGCUUCACCCGUAGGGUCCAUAGGAGACUCCGCGUCGUCGUCAUCACUGCUGCUGCCCACGAAACCGAACCAGACGGACAUGAAUGGACACCACCCUCUCGUCCCCGACGAAAAAGACCUGCUCGGUUUCGUGACGACGGGGUCGUAUUGUCUAGCCGAAGGACGGGGGACGGCGAUUGGAUGUUUAUCGGCCGAGAAGUCUGUUGAGGCGAUGAGGGACGGUGGUGCUGGUGGGAGAGAGGGGACAUUGUGUAUUGUGCGGAAUGCCGGGGAGAGCGUCGGGUGGAUUGCGCGGUGGGAGGUUGUUUGA